CCGUUGGCAAACUUGACUUUUAAGUUUAAUUUAGGAAGAUAGUAACUAGCACGUGCCACUAAAUGGUCUUUGUUAUACGAACCGAACCUAUGGUUGGAUAAGGACCCUUCUUUAAGCGCCUUUUUAAAACAUGCUCGCGCCAUGUAAACGAAUGGAGUCUGGCCCUGGACGCCGACUUCUUUACUCGGUGGAGACAGGGUCAGCUUUAUCUAUUACCAGCUCUUUAACGCCGCCAAUGUCUCACGAGACCCAGAAUUUAAUUCGGGGUGCAAUCCACUGAAGAAAUCAUGAGUCGCUAAAGAACAUAACCUCUUUCACCCCAAGCAUGGCUCCUUCGCGCCCAUACGGACGACGGCGACCCGUGCUGAUCGCCCUGGGACUAGUAGCCAUCUUCAUCUGGUUUCUUUCCCACUAUCGGUCGCAACCAAGACGCAAUCCUGUCAGCUCAACAGCACAAGGAGAGUUCUGGCAACAAUUCGAACCCCUUUUAACCCAAUGGGGCCCGAACUGCAAUCCCCCAGAACGGCUCGCCAAAGCAGAGUCGGUCGGAUUCGACCCCAAAAACACCGAACAACCACCCAACCUCACCUCAAUCCCCGACGAAGAUGUCGUGAAAAUGAAGCACGCACACAGCAGAUUUGUCCAGUUCAUCACAACGACGCCCCCAACUCUUGCAUAUGAGCCAGGCACGCGCGGAAUAGUCUCGACCGCGGGCGGCUCGUAUUUACCCGUACUAGUAAUCUCCCUGCGGAUGCUGCGCCAAACGGGCUCGGAGCUGCCGAUGGAAGUGUUCCUCGCCGAUUGGGAAGAGUACGACGGAUACAUCUGCCAGAUGGUUCUACCGUCCCUGAAUGCAAAAUGCGUCGUGCUGUCCGAGAUUCUGGACAGGGUCCCGAGCAGCAAAAGUAAGAUCGAGAAGUACCAGUACAAACCCUUCGCUAUGUUGUUCUCCUCGUUCGAGGAGAUCCUCUUCCUCGACGCGGAUGCGUUCCCGCUGAAGAAGCCGGAGUUGGUGUUCACAAGUGAGCCCUUCACGUCACGGGGGCUGGUCACCUGGCCUGAUUUCUGGGGCUCCACGGCGUCCCCCCUCUACUAUAUCAUCGCGUCACAGGAGAGACCCGCACCGAAUAUUCGACAGUCCACCGAGUCGGGGGAGGUGUACCUCUCCAAGCGCACGCAUCUGCGGACCCUCCUUCUCUGCGCCUAUUACAAUUACUGGGGGCCCUCUCAUUACUAUCCGCUACUCUCCCAGGGCGCGGCGGGUGAAGGAGACAAGGAGACCUUCAUCGCAGCUGCGACUGUUUUCGACGAGCCAUUUUAUCAAGUCAGUGAGCCGAUUCGUGCCCUGGGCCGUCAUACGAACGAUGGAUUCGCAGGGUCGACCAUGGUCCAGUAUAGCCCGAUACAGGACUAUGCCUUGACCACGAAGGGGGAAUGGCGGAUCAAGGGCUCCACCGCUGCGGCGCCCAGUCCGUUUUUCGUCCAUAUUAAUUUCCCCAAGUUCAAUCCGGCUACGGUGUUCUCGGAUAAUGGGCCCGUGGUGAAGGAGGAUGGCAGUUAUACGCUUGCUUGGACGGCUCCGGAGGAGGUGAUCGAGUCGCUUGGUCCGGAUUUUCAGCGCAAGUUGUGGUUGGAGAUUCGUUGGACUGCUUGUGCGCUUGAGGGGAAGUGUCUUAGUUGGAAGGGGCAGACGGGAAUAUGUGAGAAGGUCGAGGAUUAUUGGAAUACGAUCUUCGGUUGAGCUGGUAACCGCCGUUUGACCUCUAGAUCUGGGAAGCCUCUAGGAAGCUGAAUUGUACAAAAUGAAUAUUUUUUAGUGACCUGCCGUGCACGAGAGAUGGGGCUACAUAAAUGCCAUCUACUGGAAAUCUCUAUGUUGAUAUCCUAUUAGAUAUGUAAUUAUAUCAAUGCGCAAAUUGCCCUCUUAAACCAUUCGAAAAGAAGAUCUGGC